UUCCUAAAGCCAAGGCGCCUCACCAACAUUGUCCAAUCACCGAGUGACGUCACAUCCGGGGCACGAGGCGCUUCCGUUUCCCGCCCGGAUCCUGGAGUGGAGGAGCGCGAGGGCCCCUGAGGAUUCCCUAGAAAUUACAAAUAAAACAAGAUGGCGGAGGAAGCCGGGGAUGAAAAGAAACUGGUAGCUAAGUUUGAACUGGAAAGAGAGACAGAGCUCCGUUUCGAAGUUGAAGCCUCACAAACUGUCCAGCUGGAGCUUAUGACAGGCAUGGCAGAGAUUUUUGGCACUGAACUGACACGCAACAAGAGAUUCACCUUUGAUGCGGGUGCAAAAGUGGCUGUAUUCACCUGGCAUGGCUGUUCAGUGCAGCUGACUGGCCGGACUGAAGUAGCCUAUGUUUCUAAAGACACUCCCAUGCUGUUGUACCUUAACACCCACACAGCUCUGGAGCAGAUGCGAUGGCAGGCAGAGCGUGAAGAUGAACGGGGGCCUCGAGUUAUGGUGGUGGGUCCCACAGACGUAGGGAAGUCAACUGUAUGCCGCCUGCUCCUGAAUUACGCAGUCCGGCUGGGCCGCCGACCCACUUUUGUGGAGUUGGAUGUAGGCCAAGGCUCUAUCUCUAUCCCAGGCACAAUGGGGGCACUCUAUAUUGAGCGACCUGCAGAUGUCGAAGAAGGAUUCUCAGUUCAGGCCCCUCUGGUCUAUCACUUUGGGUCUACAACACCUGGCACAAACAUCAAGCUCUACAACAAAAUUACAUCUCGCUUGGCUGAUGUAUUUAACCAGCGCUGUGAGGUGAACCGCCGUGCUUCAGUCAGUGGCUGUGUCAUCAAUACCUGUGGCUGGGUGAAGGGGUCUGGAUACCAUGCACUUGUUCAUGCUGCUUCUGCCUUCGAAGUUGAUGUUGUAGUAGUGCUGGAUCAAGAGCGCCUUUACAAUGAACUGAAGCGGGAUUUGCCUCACUUUGUCCGGACAGUGCUGCUCCCCAAAUCUGGUGGAGUGGUGGAGCGUUCCAAAGACUUCCGGCGAGAGUUCCGUGAUGAACGCAUACGUGAAUAUUUCUAUGGUUUCCGCGGGUGCUUCUACCCCCAUGCCUUUGAUGUCAAGUUCUGCGAUGUGAAGAUAUACAAGGUGGGAGCUCCCACUAUCCCAGAUUCAUGCCUGCCCCUGGGCAUGUCACAAGAGGACAACCAGCUAAAGCUAGUACCGGUCACACCUGGCCGUGACAUGGUACACCACCUACUAAGUGUUAGUACUGCUGAUGGCACUGAUGAGAACAUUUCUGAGACGAGUGUGGCUGGUUUCAUUGUAGUCACUGGAGUGGAUCUUGAACGCCAGGUCUUCACAGUGCUUUCACCAGCGCCUCGGCCAUUGCCCAAGAACUUCUUGCUCAUCAUGGACAUUCGUUUUAUGGAUCUCAAAUAGUGCCAUCACUGGCAGGAAAAGGCCAGACUUCACCAAGCCAUUGUUAGCUCCAGUAUGAACAAAUCAUUUGAACUGUUUUUUAUGCUCCUUCCUGUUUUUCUUGGGUUUUUAAAGGAAACUCAGAACCAGAGUUAGAAUUACAAAAGAUGAAGCAAAAACGAUCUUGGAGUGUGACCUCAAAACUGCUGUAAGGAACAAAAGCAAUGUCUGCUAGCAACUUCUUUUAUUCCCAUUAUUCCUCUAAAAUUUUAUUCCCCCUAAAAUUUAAAUAUAAAAUAAACUGAGAUAUUUCCUAACAUUGUCAUUGUACCUUCUGAAAAUGAUCUUGUUGUAGAGAUGGCAAAAACAUUGAUUUUUCAAAACUUAAAUAAAUUUCAAAAUAUUGAUA